AUGGCAAACGCGGCGUCAGGGAUGGCCGUGGACGACGACUGCAAGCGCCGGUUCCUGGAGCUCAAGGCCAAGAGGACCCACCGCUUCAUCAUCUACAAGAUCGACGAGAAGAAGAAGAUGGUGGUGGUGGAGCAGGUGGGCGAGCCUGUGCUCAACUACGAUGACUUUGCCGCCAGCCUCCCCGCCAAUGAGUGCAGGUACGCCAUCUUCGACUACGACUUUGUCACCGAGGAGAACUGCCAGAAGAGCAAGAUCUUCUUCAUCGCCUGGUCUCCUGACACGGCGCGCGUGAGGAGCAAGAUGAUCUACGCCAGCUCCAAGGAGAGGUUCAAGCGGGAGCUGGACGGCAUCCAGGUGGAGCUUCAAGCCACCGACUCCGCUGAGGUUGGCCUUGACGUGAUCCAGGGCCGUGCAAACUGA